AUGGAUGAACCAGGAAAUCCAUUGCCUACUGGAGACCAGAUGUAUGGCAUUCAAGUCAGACCAAACUUUUACAGGAAAUUCAGAUACAACCUCCGCAAGGUCGUUGGAGAUGCUAAGAGACAAUACUUGACUAAGUUAGAGACCCAAACUAACCACAUGGACACCCACCACCUGUUGCAAAGCCUACGUGACAUAACAGGAUACAAAAUGAAGCAGAACAGAAGAGUGGAUAAAAACACAUCCCUCCCUCACGCACUCAAUGCUUUUUAUGCCAGUGCCAGUGGAAUGGUGUCACCUGCCCCAAUAGUCCCAGAUGCACCUUUUCCCUCAGUCACCGCUGCAGUUUUGAAAAAGAUAGGAGGUGGGGGCUUUGGAGAAAUCUAUGAAGCCAUAGACUUUCUGACUCAGGAGAAUGUUGCUCUUAAAGUGGAGUCAGCCCAACAACCGAAGCAGGUUCUCAAAAUGGAAGUUGCUGUUUUGAAGAAACUACAAGGGAAGGAUCAUGUUUGUAGAUUCAUUGGCUGUGGAAGAAAUGACCGUUUCAAUUAUGUUGUUAUGCAGCUACAGGGUCGAAACCUUGCUGAUCUACGUCGCAGCCAGUCUCGAGGUACCUUUAGCAUCAGCACUACUUUGCGACUGGGAAAACAGAUCCUUGAAGCAGUAGAAAGUAUUCACACUGUGGGCUUCCUUCACAGAGACAUCAAACCUUCAAACUUUGCAAUGGGCCGCUUUCCUAGCACUUGUAGAAAGUGUUUUAUGCUGGACUUUGGUUUGGCACGACAAUUCACAAAUUCCUGUGGUGAUGUUAGACCUCCUCGAGUAGUAGCAGGGUUCAGAGGCACAGUGCGUUAUGCAUCAAUCAAUGCGCACAAAAACCGGGAAAUGGGCCGACACGAUGACCUUUGGUCCUUAUUUUACAUGUUGGUGGAGUUUGUGGUUGGGCAACUACCAUGGAGGAAGAUAAAGGACAAGGAACAAGUAGGUCUGAUAAAAGAAAAAUAUGAUCAUCGCCUUAUGUUGAAGCACCUUCCCCAAGAGUUUGCUUUAUUUCUGGAACACGUUCUUUGUUUGGAUUAUUUCACAAAACCAGAUUACCAGUUGUUGAUGUCUGUAUUUGAUAACAGCAUUAAAGCACAUGGGGUUGUUGACAGUGACCCCUUUGACUGGGAGAAAACUGGGACGGAUGGAUCUCUUACCAUGAUAACCACAUCCACCACUCCUCAGCUACAUACACGGCAGACACCUGCUGCUCUUGGAAUUGCUAAUGCUUCACUGGUACCAGGAGAUCUGAUGAAAGAAAAUACUGAUGAGGUACUGCAGGAUGAACAGCUCAGCGAUGGCGAGAAUAUUAUUCCAGGCAUUAUUAGCCCUGAAAGGAUGGUGGAAAUGCAAGAAGCCCAUAACCCUCGAGUUCCUUAUGUUGGGGAGAAGGAUGUUUGGGAAGAAAUGGACAUUAACAGGAACAAAAUGAAGAUGGCUGGCUGUAAGGGUGUUACAGAAGAAGAGAACAGCCAUGGUGCUGGAAAUGGGCCUCAAAAUGGGCCAAGUCUGGGGUCCCCGGUGAAGGUGCGGUCUGAGACUUUGCAACCAGAUCGUGAUGUCCCACUGUUAAGAAAGUUAAGAUCCAUACACAGCUUUGAGUUUGAAAAGCGUAUCACUUUGGAAUCAAAACCUCGCACUGAUAAAUUCUUGGAAGCCUGUUCCACUAAGGCUCAGGAAGACUUGGGCUUGCUUAAAGAUGUUGCUGCUACCCAGCCUUCGAAAGCCUCUGCUGCUGCUCGUACUGACAGAGUAUGGCACUUUGAUGAGGAGUACAUUCCUGACAGUUCGAAGCCUAUCUCUGUGGGAUCUCCUGAGCAUGGUGAUGCUGUCAUUAGCAAUGGAUUUGUAGCGGUUAACUUGAGCUCCUGCAGGCAGGAGGUUGACUCCAAGGAAUGGGUCAUUGUAGAUAAAGACCGCGACCUCCAGGAUUUCAGGACUGAUGGAGGUCUGGGCCAGAAGUUGACCAGUCCAUCUGGACGAACAGAUGAUGAGGAGCCAGAUGUUCUAGCAGAAGAUCCCCUUCAGGAGGAAAGAUUAAAGUUGGAAGCCAUUCUGAGUGAAAAGGUGGAACAUCCACGAUCUCCAGAAGCAGGAAGAGAACAGCUGAACACAACUCAUUUGCCACAUCCCAACACUCCAAGGAUGCAGAAUCCCCUCCGAUCCCUCAGUCCUGUAGUAUUCCUAUCCUCUGAUUCGGAUCCACUUCUCAGGAAGCAGUCAGAUUUGCACAGGAGCCAGUCAGCUGAGAGCAGUCAUUCACGCUCCCCUGGUCGCAGGCAGCUACCCUUCAUUCCAGGCCACACCAAGCUGCCUUCUAUCAUUCGCAUCACCAAAGCUCAGCUCCAACAGAUAACCGCACCCAAGUGUGCAGUCGCAACAACCCAUGCUGCCUCUGUGGUUAUACAGCAUGAUGAGCAUAGGGAGACUGACCAGCACAGAGUGGAACAUGCCACUGAUGAAGUACAAAAAUUCACAUCUCUGCAAGAGAAAUCCAUGCCAGAACUGGCACCACGUGACACAUUGUAUAAUGGCACUUCCCAAGCUGAACUUAUCCUGGAAUUAGACAAAGGAACAACACAAGAAAGAGAGACUAUUGUGACUGGCACAGUAGAAAACAGUAACCAAGGGGAUGAAAUUGCAAAAACUAGUGUCAAGUCUGACCACGAUAGAGAUGACUCCCUCAAUUCAGCUCAAGAAGUCAAUAAAUGUGAAGAAGAUCAAGUAAUUUCUGGAGAUGUAGCAAGUCAACCUGAUGAAGAACCGUGCCAUUCAGGUAAAAAUGAAUCCAUAGGUGAGCGACUUCACCCAGGUAAUGGACACAGCUCAGUAGCACAGCUAGAAACCUUGUCUUCUGUGUCAAAACAGGAAGGAAACAAAUUUCAUGGUCCUCACUUGACUGAUAUAACCCGGCCACUGACAUCCGCUGAAGUGGUCUCCUGUAGAGAAGAGGAUGCUUUACCUACUGUGGAGUAUACAAAGCAUGUAAUGGAUGGUUUGCAAGAAAAACUGCGUACUGUAGAUGAGAAUGGCUUUUGUAAGUACAUUGAAGAUGAAGUGGGUGAGUUACAGUCUUCGAACAUUUCAUAUGAAUGUGUAAAAGAAUUGUUUCACACUGUUGUUUCUGAGCGAGAAGACCAGGCAAAUAUUGUGGGAAAUGACAGGUCUGAUAAAGGAUACACUUCUGAGACAAUGCAGAGAAAGAUCCAGGAACAGAGCAAUCUUUCAGAACCAAGUGAAUUCAGAAAUGGAGAUCUGCUUCACAUCUUGACAGUCGGUGACAAUUCACUGCAUCCCAAGAAGGUUGAAGCCAAACCAUCCCCUCUCCGGCAAAGUCGCAUCCCAAUCCUUGCAUCAGAUGUAGAAGCAGGUGUGGAAUCAUCACUUCCUGUCUCAGCUAAAGAGAAACUGCUUCAAAAGAAAGCUCAUCAAGUAGACCUGACAAGGCAAUUAACUGAAAAGCGACAACAUACUCUCAGAACAUCCUUUCUGAGUGAUUUGACAUCCACUUCUGAGAGGUCCCUGGAGGAGAAAGUGUCUGUUCCGUCAAUGACUUUAUCUGAUGAUGGAACUCAUUCUGGACCUCCUCCAAUAAAAGCUGGGGUGGAACAACAAUUGGGCAAGCAGUUUGAUGAGGACUCUCUAAGUAGUCUUCAAUCACGGCGGAGCAAAAUCCCAAGACCGGUUUCAUUGACCAAUACUGAACAAAUCCCCACAUCAACCUCAUCCCAGUUUAUCCCAAGACCACCUCCUGGGAAACCACCAACCAGACCAAGUGUGGAGGUCCGGUUACGACGAUACAGAGUAGUUGGAAGUGGUAGCUCUGACUCUGACCUGCUAACGCACCUUGCUCAAAUCCUUCAAAAUGGAUCGCAAAAGACUAGGAGCUCUCCACAGUCCAAAAGUCCGCAGUCACCCCGUAGUCCCAAAACUCCUCCAAAGAGCCCAGUGAUCCCACGUCGAAGCCCAAGUGCUUCACCACGAAGCACAUCAUUGCCACGCACUGCCAGUUCAUCCCCUUCACGUGGACGCCCGUACACCGACCAGAGGAGCUCUUCACCACACUUUGCCAGGAGCCGCUCCCCUCCCAGUUACUCUGGAUCCUCACCCUCCCGAAGAAGUUUCCUGCAGGACCACGGCUGUGGUAAACAGGGCAAAAAUAGCUUGAAGGGACCUGGCAGUCCACAUCACUUGUGUCAAAGCAAAUCCACAAAAGGAAAAUGCUCGAGCAGAGAUGGCAAAGUGUCCAGUAAACUCAGCAGAUAGUAACAAUUUGUGCAAGUAUUUCUUUCCCCCUCUCCACCUCCUUGUUGCAUGUUGUUUAGUCUUUAUUAAAAGAAAAUCUGCUGUUGUCUCUCCUUUACUGGACAGUAGCUUACAUGCCAUUUUGGAUCCAAGUGUUGGACAGGUGCUGCUUUGUAUAAACGAGGAAAGUUAUCAGUGAAACUAAAAUUGAUUGAUAGCACAGUAAACUUUUGGCCAUAUGCUGUGCAAGAGUGCUGCUCGGUUUUAUUUUGGCUUCUGCUGCCUUGAGCUAUUUGAGUAGAAAGUACUAAUCUAAUACUUCCACCUUUUUCAGUGUAUACAGCGUCCUCCAAAAUCUUAUGACUUGACCUGUCCUCGUGCCAUUUUAGAUCUUGAGGGAAACCUCAGAAGUUUGAAAAUAGAAGAAAAGCUGCUGUAGCAUUUUUGAUCACCAAAAUUAAUAUAAUGUUUUUGCCAUCUUUUUACACGUCUGUCAACUGUGAUUUUUUUUUAAUGUAUAGUGUGUUUAGAUAUAAAUAAAACUAAUUUAAUUAACUAAUUGAUUCAGAGUUCAUAGGGAAUACUUGAACUCAAAAUAGUUGAAGGAUGGGAGCGCAUAUGUUUGUUGCAGAGAACUGACAACUGACACAGGUAGGUAAGUUUUCCUAGAUUUGUAUUGCCCUUUGGAAUCAGAAGGCAAAAUCUUGAAUUACCCCCUUUGAAAGGGUGUAGAAUGCUAGUACUUUGAAAACAGGCAUGAAAUGGGUGGGGAGUUGGAGGGGAAUCAAGAAGCCUUAAUUUUUUCUCUACUCUUUCCCUAAAGUUUAAUUUAAAUGAAAUUGUGACUUGGUCCAGUCCCAAUAAAAUACACUAUACCAAGAUUUCUCAAAGUGGGGAUUGGGACCCCAAAAGGGGCUGUGAGCUGAAAUAUUGAAAUCAUGAUCUCUGAGGCAGCAGAUAGAACUCUGACAGAGUUAGCACAGCUGUAUCCUGCUGUAACUGGUCCCCACUCUCACACAACAAUAUUCAAGCCUCAAAAUGGGGCAGACAAAAGGUUUGGGAAGCACUGCAAUAUAUAGCAGUCCAUAGCUGUGGACACCUUUUAGUAAUAAUAAGGAAACCUCUCCUUUAAAUGUUUACUAACUCUAAUCCUUGCAACCACUGUGAUAACAGACAUCAUCCAAAUAAUUAAUCACCAAAAGAAGAGAAAAAACAAUGAAUGAUUGAUUUUGGAGUGAUAGUUCCUAAAGAAAAUAAAGAUUUAUAUUGCUUUCUACACAUAUCAUAAUAUGUAAACUGCUACCAAUCAGCAUUUGAUUGCCAUGUGCCUGUCUAAAAAUAUUAAUGUAUUUUAUCUAUGUAUUAUUUUGCUGCCAAGGCAAGAAACUCCGAUUUAAGUAAGUGGGAGUUACCUACACAACACUCAUUUGUCACCUAAAGCCUGAUUAUUAAAUGGAAGUCACAUUAGCUAUCACUUCUUUGCAAGCUUUCCUUGUCUGGGUCAAUUAUUUAAUGUGUGUAAUAUUUUCCAACUGUAAUGUAACAUGCUGGGUAAUUUUUAACCUUUCAACAACUGUUUUGAAUGCUUAAAGAAAUUGAAGCCCUGUUUUAUGUUUUGUAUAUUAUUGUACUAUAGAUGCAACUGAAAACUGCAUGUCAUACAGUAUAUGUAUGUAUUUAUUGUUUUCCUAAGAUUAGACUUUAUUGGCUGCAGGGUGUAAGAUUGAUUUUGUGUGCCUGAAUGCUUUUUUUGCUUUACAUAUUCUUCCUGGCAUGCAAAACGUUAGUGUCAUGAUUGGGGAAACAUGCACUCCAAAAUUGAACCUUAGAAAUGAAAUUAUUCUGAACCAGUGUACUAAGCAAUGAGAAACAGUGUACUGUACAGAGGUUGUAAAUGUGAAAGAUGUCAGGAUUGGAAGUAGAACAAAUAGGAUUUUUUCUUUUUGUAACUGUACUGUAAAGGCGAUAAAGAAACACUUAAAAACAAUGUUAUCCAAGCUACUGUUUCUAUUGAUUGCCCAAUAGUCGUGGGACUCUGAAACAUCCAGCAUGCACUUUUUAAAGCUGCGUUUUUUAGGUUUUGCUCAAACAUCUGUGUUUAAAACAGUGAAUACCAGUUUCCUGUGCCUGCCCUACACCACAUUAGCUUUCUUCCCAAAGUAAAGAUUAAAAAAGUGUCACCGUAUUAUGUAAUAGUAUCACUGUUAUCAAAACUGGGAAUUUUAAGAAUCUAGUUUUAACAAAGUAGGGAGAAAUGGACUUGAUCAAAACAGGGGGGUUCUAGAGUGACAAUACAAGGAACUGUGGCAGCUUUAAGUUUGGAAAUACUUAUGCAAGGUCACAAAAUAGUGUCACCUCUGCUGAAUUCCAAUGGGUAGUGCACGUUUCGGAAAGUGAAUUACUGCAUUUUCAAACCUGUCAAUUGAAGUGACUCUAGAUUACUAAUGUUACUGCUCAUAUUACCUGAAUAUUAUUCUAGUCUCUGCUAAUAGUAUGAUAUGUAAAUUAGUAUCAAUGUAGUACAUUCAAAAAUGGGUCAGUAAAGCUUUAUGCAUGCAUUAAUUAAAAGUUAAUCUGAAGUCAUUUCAAACUUCUUAUUUUAUGUUAACAGGUGAGAAAGGGAAGGAGCAAUUAUCAAGUUGCUGACCUCUUCUAGCCUUGUGGGGCUCACUUACAAAUUGUGUACACUGAAAGACUUGAUUGGCCAUGACCCUAGUAAAUGGUUGCAUUGAAGGUGCUAAAGGGUUUUUGCAAAAGCUGCUUGCAGCACCAAGUUCCUUUUUAAAUUGUGAUUCCUUCAAUUCUAUUUGGAUUAUUGCUUAACUGCUCUUGGGAAUAUCUAUCAUAAUGUACAUUUUGUUUUAGAGAUGAGACUGAAAAGUGGGCUCCAUACACUUUGUCAUACCUCUUUCUCUAUAAGAGGUUGUAUCUUCAGAGAUUGUUCAAAUAUGAGCAGGGUGAUUGCAAGUUAUGAGCAGACGCACAUGUGAAAAGCUUAGCUAUGGUCAAAUAACCAUGCAAAUUUCUAAACUCCAAAGUUAAAGAAUAAUUUGUAAACUAUAAUAGUUCCACACGAUGGUUCUAUUUUGUUAUUUCUGGUUAAAUAGAACAAGAUUUCCCAUCCUAAAUUGCAUCUAAUAUGAAUUGUUGCCUUUGUAUAACUUGAAUGGGAAAUGAAGCUAUAACACCUUUUAUAUUUGCGAUUAUUCUGGGCAAGAGGUUGUUUUAUGGAGCCUACCUUAAAGUGAACGUAAAAAUUUACAAAAGCAGCAAUGAGUAUCAAAUGGUCUGGCACAUUUCAACAAUAGAGUACGUUGAACAAAAUGGCAUACAUUGUUUGAAGGUAGGGUGUACAUAAAGUUGUAAUUAUUUAAGUUCUUUGAUUUGUAUCAUAUCAAAGCCUUGUACAGUGUUUUAUGUUGUGUUCUAAAAUUAUUUUGUAUUUUAUUUUUAUAAACCAGUAAAAUAAAAUAUUCAUUAAGCAUGCCAACGUAUAAAUAUUUGUUGUCUUGUGUAUUCCAAUAAAAAAAACUAAUAAAAAUAGAAUGUCUUUUAUUUGA